AUGUUUGCUACAGCAGUGCAACCCAGCAUUGUCUCUCUCUUCUCAUCUACGGGCAGCGAUCCGCUCAGUCUCUUCGCUUCGCACGCCGACACCUCCUUGCCCUCCGAUUCUUUCGUUUGCAUCCUCAAUGAUGCUGCUUCGCAACCGACACCCCCAACCCCGAGGAAGCUGAUGGACCUCUCCGACGAUAUUGAAGAGUCCUCUUCCCCAGACUAUGCGCUAGGACAGAGCGUAUUGCACAUCCAGUCGCCCACCAUCAGGACGACAUACAUCCGAUGUCCGCCUGCGGGGGGCUCGCGUGCGUCUCACAGACACUUGGGGUUGAAACAUCCUUGGAUACAUCUGCAAGUGCGGAACUUGCAUAGAGAGUGGGCUUUUGAGGUCGGUCUGGCCGACCAGUCUGGUCGGGAGGGUGUCGUACGGUGCGCCACAUUCCAGAAAGAACCGAACCUAAAGCUUGGGAGCCCGCCGCUGCUUCUCCUCCCGCUCUCCUUCCCCCCACCCUCGUCGCGACCACUCACGUCGUGGUGCACGGUGGCUAUCAACCUCCCUUCCCUCCUCCCGCACUUCUCCUCCGCCGCUCUCACCCACGAAGAUCAAGAAGGGCGUGCUUCCUCUUCUUCUCUGGCUGGGCACCGGGCCACCCAAGUACCCAGCGGGGUCUAUUCACACGUCUCGUACGUGAAGGUGUACGCAAACUGCCGGUUGCGCAGGAUAUGGUUCAGCGAAGGCGGGCCGCAACAGCGGCUCCCUUGGGAGUUCCAGCUUUACGCGGCGGUCUGAUUUUCUGCGAGGUACUGGACGGCGGACGAGGCACCUCGCUUGCUGGAGCAAGCGGCACCGCGCUUCAUGCGUGGGUGGGCACGGGUGUUCGCCUUUCCGAAGUGACUAGAGCCAUGCCGUACCACCUGUCAAUCCAAACGAAU